AUGGCGGACACCAUGGAUCCCAGUGCCCCCGGGGCCAUGCUCCGAAUCCUCCGGGCAGCGGAGGUCACUCGGCAUCAGAACAAGGUCAUCCUGCGGAACGCCUUUGAUUGGAGGCAGCUGUUGGACUGGGCCUCCGAGCUGCCUGCGGACUGCCAUGCGCUGAAUGCCUGCACGGUGCUCCACCGCCUGGCGAGAGGAGUUGCGCGCGAGGGCCGUGGUCUGUCAGAUCGUGCCCGCACGCUGCGCAGUUCCGGCACGUGGCGCCGGCUGAUGGAAAUCCUCCUCCACCGAGUGCCGGACAUGAACAACAUGGAGUUGACCAACUGCCUCUGGGCGUUGGCGACUUUGGAGGCGGAAGAAGGAGCUUUAGUGGAGCAGCUCCUUGCGGGCUGCGUGAAGUUCCUCUCCAGCUUCGAGCCCCGGAACUUGGCUUUGUCCGCCUGGGCGCUGGCGAAGAUGGGCUGCGAGAAGAGCUGGUGCAGGUUCUGGGCAGAGGAGGUGGGGUCCCGGCUGAGUAGCUUCGAGACACGGGACAUGACCAACGUGAUUUGGGCCUUCGCUACGGUUCACAGCCGGGACGAGCGCUUCCUCACUCGUUUCUGUCAGGAGAUCGAAGCGAAGGCCGACAACUACUCGCCGCAGGACAUCGGCAACACGCUCUGGGCUUUGGCCGCCCUCUCCUGGCGCAACGACGCGGCCCUGGGAGCAAUCAGCAAGCGAUGCUUCGAUACUGCGGUGACCUUUGACCAGCAGAACCUGUCCAUCUCCCUCUGGAGCUAUGCCACCCUGGGCUACAAGACCAUGAAUCUGUUCCACCACAUGACCCAGAUCAUCACGGAGCGAAUCAAGACCUUUGCCUCACAAGGCAUCGCAAAUGUGGUGUGGGCCUUGGCCAAGUUUCAGUUCCAACAGAAAUGCCUCCUGAUGACCAUUGCCGAGGAAGCUCCACCUCGGCUGGACGAGUUCGACCCGCAGCAUCUCUCCAUCGUGGCCUGGGCCUAUGCCACUUUGGAGUUCCCCAACCGGCCGCUGCUCACAGCGCUCUGCCACGCGGCGGUGCGGAAGAUGCAUAUCUUCAGCGCCCAGCACAUGGCGAACAUGACCUGGGCCAUGGCUACGCUAGCACACAAGGACGAGCGAUAUUUGCAGAUCCUCGCCGAGAGGGCCUUAGAGGAGGUGGGAUCCUUCAACCCCCAGGAGUGCUCCAACUUGGUUUGGGCCUUUGCAUUGCUCACCUUCCGCCACGACACGCUGCUGUCCGCCUUGUCCCGGCGGUCCCAGGAGAUCGUCGCCGAGUUCAUCCCGCAGAACUUGGGGAACACCGCCUGGGCCUACAACCGCCUGGGCUACCGCGACGAGCGGCUGAUGCAGUGCCUGGUCCGGGAGGCCGCUGGCAGGUUGCACGAAUGUGCGGGUCAGGAGGUCUUGGAUCUCAUCGAGUCCAUCGCUACAGGUGGCUACGAGGCAGCGGUCGAGGGCCCAGAUUGGCAUCGACUCACCGACUGGGCGCACCAGAAGUUUGAGGCGGUGCGCCGCUGCGUGGAAGGCUCCGCGGAGAUGCCGCUGGGACUGCGGCGGCUCUCGGACUUCGACAAAGCCCUGGCGGUGCAGGACUACCGGGACCAGCUUGCCAGCUUCAACCUCGUCGGCCUUGGCUUCACCUACACGCGCCAGAUGCUGGAGCGCCAGGGUGUGACGCUGCUGAGCGGCGAGAGGAAGGACGCCUGGCAGAGACUCGCGGUGGAGGCGGCAGCCCAAGUGGCCGGCACCGGCAAUGACGCGGACCAGAGCAAGAAUGCCGAGGCGCAGGAAGGCCUCAAGGCCUGUCGCACCGUGUGCGUCUACCGCUUCUGUUUGCGUGAGCCGGUGUCCGGUGCCAGCCUGGAGGUGGGGCCAACUGCGGUCACCAGCGGCCCGGCGAAGGAUGCUUUCGAGUUGGGCCUCUUCGCGGCUACGCUGCGCCACCCCAGGGGCGGCGACGGGGAGUUCCAGGCCCUCCAGGCCUGCGCGCGGGCGGCCAAGGAAGAGUUGGGGGUGCAGCCGGUUGGCGCGCCGCCCAUGGACGGCGCGGCGCUGGAGGGGGAGCUGUGGCUCCACGUCUCGGAGGUGCCCUGCCUCUCAUGCGUGGGUGCCAUGGCACAGUUCCGGAAGAUCUUCCCUGACGUGAAGCUGCACCUGUCCUUCAAUCUGGGUCGACAGCCCUCGCAGGACGGAGAGAAGAAGGCAGAGCGGACCUGA